ACAGAGAAUCUCAACUGAAAAAAGCUGUAAGAUUUCUGAUCGGAAAAGCAUCAAAGCUCAAAAUGGUGAUGUGGGUAUUUGGUUAUGGCUCUCUGAUAUGGAAGGCCGGGUUUAACUUCGAUGAACGCGUCGUUGGUUUCAUCAAAGACUAUCGCCGUGUCUUCUACCAAGGCAGUACUGACCAUAGAGGGACACCCGAGUUUCCAGGAAGAACAGUCACAUUGGAACCUGCAGAGGGUGAAGUCUGUUGGGGAGCUGCCUACAAGAUCAGCAAGAAGGAAGAUCAGGAAAUUGCUUUAGAGCACUUAGAAGUGAGGGAGAAGCAGUAUGACAAGAAGGCUUAUCUUGAUUUCUUUACUGAGCCAACGGCUACGACUCCAGCUCUUUCAGGAGUAAUGGUAUACAUUGCCUCUCCAGACAAAAAGCGUAAUGUGAACUACUUGGGUCCUGCAUCAAUUGAAGAUAUUGCCAAACAGAUUGUUGAGGCAAAAGGCCCCUCAGGACCUAAUAGAGAGUACCUCUUUAAACUCGAAGAGGCCCUUCUUCAAAUUGGAUACAAAGACAAACAUGUAUUGGAUCUUGCAAACGAAGUGAGGCGCAUCAUUUCAGAAAGGGAUAUGGAGCUCACUGCUUUAUGACCCGGGAACAAAUAGGAACAAUGAUUAUUACAGGCCAUCAUCCAACAGAGCAAUUGGUCAUGUACUUGUCUUGGAGAAAACACUAUAUGUGGUUGUGUAGCAUCUCGAUUUCUUAUGAUGGCACUGCGAAAUUCUUAAUGUCAUUCUUGAUUGUUAUGCAUGUAACAAGAGUCAUCGCAUUAGUCUGAUGACACUCAUGACAGUAAAGAGUCAGGAUGAGAUGUAUGAACAUAUUCAACUGUAUGUUGCAGGGGCUCAUUGCCUUGUCAGCUUCUCGUAU